AUGAGUUUUAUGGGCGAAGAAACUUUCGGAGAGAACAAAGAGAAUGUGGCACAGGUCGGAGACAAGUUUUAUUGUCUUUAUUUUAUUAGCCAAAGGGGAUUGCGAGCUUGGAAUUGAUAUUAUUAUAGACUAAAGCUGUUUUUGAUUGAUUUUGCUCGAAAAUAUCUCUAAAAAUUUUAAAUAUACGCCAAAAAUUAAAAAAUCUUAUCUUUUUGAACAACGAAUCCAUUGAAGCUCCGGUUUUUCCAACGUUCUGGUCAGUUGAUUGACAAUUGAUCGAUGGAAAAAUUUUUUUCUAAUUUUUACCAAAACAUCUCGCCUUUAACUUGGUCCCACCACGAAAAUCACCUUUUGGCAUUCCGCCGCAUUUUCAAUAACCUUUAACUUUCAAACGGAAAAAGCCAAAAUUCUGGCCAAAAUCAACUAGCUUCGCCAAAUACUACCUAAAAAUUGGUCUAUUUAUACGUAUUUUCGAUUAUUUGUCAACAAGUAUGUCCAACUUGCAGAAGGUCCAAGCCCUGGUCAAGCAGUUUGAUCAAAUUACCGAUCAGUGCGUGCGCUUCUCACAGUCCGCUUCCUCGGCCCAAUUUGCUGUCGAGCCUUCGAAUUUUCAACGUGGCGGUCUUAGGAGCAGUAAGUUUGUUUGAAUUCGAUUGGGUUAAUUGUAAAUUUGUUGUUAUGUUGGAUUUGAUGGGUAAUAUUAGGGAAAUUGAAGGAUUCUUGAGGUUUUUAGGUAAGUUAUUGUAAGGUUUUGGUUUUUUUAGAUAGCUAAGUCUAUCAGCUAUUUUUUGAAUAGUCAUGUUAAGGUUAUUUCUUAAAAUUCAGUAUGAACUCGACUGUCGUUCUGUUUCAGGUUAUAUUUUAUGGGUAAUAUGAAGAAAAUUGAACUUUUGUCGAUUUUUUAGAUAGAUCAUUAUAAUUCAUUUCAAAGUAACAUUCUUUGAACUCUCUGUUGAUAACAUACUUAUUUAAAAUUAAUUAAAAUUUACUUUGAAAUUAAUUAUUUUCGAAUUGGCGUCUAGAUGUCUAUGAUAAUAUUAAUUUUUUAAAAUUGUUGGGAGUCAAGAAGAUGAAAUUAAAAAGAAUUAAAGAUGAAGACAUUUUUUAGUUUUUGUGACAUAGUAACUUAAAUGUAUUGGCGUGGUUUAGUUGAUAUAACUUAUGUUGUUAUUGAUGGGUAGGGCAACACUAUUUUCUAAUUUUUGUGGGAUAAUUUGGGGUUUAGACAAAUAUUUGACUUGUGAAAGGUAAAAUACGUCUCAAAUAGUGCCUUUUGUAUAGAGACAUUAUUUACAAUUCCAUUUUUACACUUUGUUACCUAAAAUUCUUAAAGCUUCUCAAAGGACCAAGGAUAACAUUCUAAUCCCUUUCAAUUUCAGCAUACGACGUAGAACGAAGACGAUCUAAAAACUCGCAUCGUCGCUCGUUGAACUCGACCUGCUUGAGCAAUUUGAACAACGAGAACCUGGACCUGGAGCAGGUGGCCCAGUUGGGGGUGCAGCUUCGGAACGCCGAACGAGAUCUCGAAUAUCAAGCAGACUUGACGGAUUCACACGCGGUUUUCGUGUUGUAUAAGAGGAUUAGUGUACGUUUGUUGAAUACAAAGUGUUUUUUGUUGAAGGGCAGUUGGUUGAUGGUUUUGUUAUCAAGUUUUUUUGGAAUUUUAUUGAGCUUUUUUUGAAAUUUUGGAGAAAAAAGUUGUUUUUGGACUGAUUUUGGCUGUUUUUGAGGAUUUUUUUUAAUUUUGAGUUAUUUUUUGGACACAAUUUUGAAGAAUAUUGUAGAAUAAACUAUUAUCGACAUUUAUUUUCAAGACCUUUCCUAUUAUUUUUAUUAUAUUGCUCAAAAACACAUCGUUCUUAUAUUAACCAUGCUUCAGAACCGAUGUGAAGACCUGCAAGAAGGUAAAAAGAUGCUACUGCACGCGGAAUACUCGCAGCUACACAAUACCGUAUUUGAAGCCCAAUUACAAAACUGUCGCCGCGAAUUAGAUGAAAAGCUGGUCGCCCUACAAUGUCGCCGAAAUCAACUGCAACAAAUCCUCGAAGCCAUCCGCUUAUGGGACCUUCAGAAGCAGCCCAUGAAGGAAUGGUUGAGUAGUAUUCAAAUUUUGGCAGAAAGAGUGGAGUCGACAAAAGACCUAUCAUUGUUGGAUCAUUUGAUAGCCGAAUACAACAAACAUUACGAAGAAUAUCUGGGACUACAGCAGAGGACGAUGGAUAUAAUCCAGGAGUUUGAGUUUGAUGACCAGAAAAAUAUGAAAAAUGAAUGGGAUGAGAUCUCAAGGACUUGGAAUGGACUGACUGAGUUGUGAGUUUAAAAUUGAAAGGAUUUGAAUUAAAAAUUUUGAAAAGUUCACAGGGGGACCAUGUUGAUUUUGCUUUAAUUUGUAGGCUUGGCACUAUUUUUAGCCUUUUUCAAUUUUUGUAUUUUAUUUUGAGUAAGAGCCAAACUUGCCUGUUCAAAACAUAUUUUGGUAAUUUGGCUGUUCAAAACAUACCUUUAUACAAAAUCGAUCCAAUGUUUCAUCGAAAUUUUGUUUGUCAAACGAAUUUUUUUGUUUAUUCAAGUCAAUUAAAAACGUAAUAAGCUCGGGGUUUGCAAAAGAAAUGGCUCUUUUUUAUUUCACAGUUGUUGAAAAAAAAAUUUUUUUAUUUUGAAUAAAUAUUGAACUUGGUCCCCCCCCCCUGUGGACCAAAAAAUAUUUUUUUUACCUCCCCUCCCUACAUCCUUUUUAAAUUCAAAAUUUUGAAAAAUAUCGAAAUUGGUUCCCCCUGUAAACCUAAAAAAAUUUCUCUGCCAUUUUUAACCCUCUACUUUGGUAUAAUGAGUUUUUUUUUCAGGAUCGUCCGAAGCCGCAAAAUGCAAUCCCCGGAUUUGAGGACGAAACAAGCCCUCAGCCAAUGCGAAACAUGGUUCAAACGCCAACUCAACAAACUUGAAAUGUGGAAUAUUCAAGGAUUCAACUCCUCCGAGCGAAAACGAAUCGAAGACAUUCUUGAGGUAGGUUAAUAUCGAGGGCAGAUUUUGGUCACAAGGUGGGUAGAAAAGGGUUUUUUGGAGUUUUCUUGUUAGAUAAGGUCUAUACCUAGCUAUUUUAAAAAAGGUGACAUUUUUUAUUAACGUUGAGCUACAAAAUGGAGCUUUUUUAAAAUUUUUUGGUAGAAAAUGCCCACAGGGCCUAGUUAAAUUUUUUAAAAUUAAACAAAAUUUUUUGGCCAAACGAAAAACAUAAUGAUAAGCCCUCAAAACCAAUGAAAACCCCGAAAAUAACAGCCAACCCCCCAUAAUCACAAGAAUAAUACCCUAUCAUUAUCCACAAAAACGAUAAAUAAUGUGAGUUUUUGCAGAAAUCAGCCAAUUUAAUGGCCACUUUCCAUCAAAAUGCCCCUGAAAUACGAAUGUCCGAGACCGGCAGAAGAAGCCUAGAAUCUCUGGAAUCGCAAUUCGAAAGAAUACAACAAUUGGCGGAUGAGCUGAGAGGUAAAAGCCCGAGAGAUAGCCCAACGGAAAAGUGUUCAGCUUCGCCAACGACUUCACAGACAAUGAGCAUGAGGUCUACUACAAUAUGGUGGGUUUCGCUUGGUUUUUCAGGAUUAUAUUUGGAUUGUAGUGGAUCAGAGGUUUUAAAUGCCUGUUUAUAGCCUUAUACUUCUAUAAGAUUCAAAAAUAUGUAUCAUUUUUUAAAAAACAAGCCUAGAAUGACCUAAUAACAUGCUUAGAAUAUCAUAAUAACUCAUAAAUUCCAGCUCAAGCCCCCAAAGUGAAUCCUCAUCGAUAAACGGCGGCUUCGUCCGAAUCCAAUUCGAGCCAGAAUGCCUCCGUGACCUACUGGACUGCCUCCGAAACUACAAUCGAAUCCGCUUCUCCAACUACCGAACGGCGAUGAAAGUUUGGGCCGUCCAAAAACGCCUCAACUUUGACCUCAUCGACCUGGCUCAUGUCGACAUCCUCUUCAAACAACUUCAACUCAAGAACAGUGGCGACCUUAACCUGGACGACCAGUUUCAAAUCCUAAAGCCGUUGUUCGAAAAAGCUCAUACCGACUUCCCAACCUCGAUCAAAGAUGUCAGAGACGCCAUUCUGAAGGCGACGGACUUGUUCAAGUCAUUGGCAUUGUCGCACGAUGCGAGAACAGUCAAAUUGUCUUUGGUUUUCUUGUCCAAUGGGAAUCUGGAUCAGAAAUAUAGGUAUUUGUUCGCGAUCUACUCGGACAAUGGCGAAGGAACAAGGGAUAAGAUGAUGGAUAUGUUCACGGAUUUGGCCAAGGUAUGGGUUUGAUUGAUGAAAUGAUAGAUUUUUUAUGAAUAACUGAGAAAAGUUAGUGACAGAACUAUAUUAUCAUAGCCUUAUAAUAGAAAAAAGCUUUUCUUAGUCUUAUCAUUGACAAAACUACCUUAUAACAGCCUUUUUAGAGACAGAACUAUAAUAUAAUACCUUUAUGAUAGAAAGAAAAAACGUCUAGUAACCUUAUCAUUGAAAAAGUUACCCUAUAACAAUCUCAAUUCCAGUUCCCACGCCUCGUCGGAGAAGAUACCUCAAGAUUCGGCCUAAAAUCCGCCCCCUCCUCAACGGCCGCUCUCUUUAAACACGUCGCCGAAACCAAGAACCUAGUCAAAGUGGACUCAAUCACGGUGGAUCAGUUCCUCGAAUGGACUCAUCUGAAUCCGGAAACAUUGACCUGGGCAAGAUCACUUCAUCACCUGAUCAGAUCCGAAUUUUCAAAACAUAAGAACGCCAAAUGUGCCGGAUGCAAAAUGUACCCAAUUGUGGGGUUGAGGUUCAAGUGUCUGCACUGUUUCAAUGUGGACAUGUGCCAAAAUUGCUUUUUUUUCAAGGAAAUACAUUAAAGGACACAAACCGGAGCAUGAGCUUCAAGAGUAUUAUGAGAAGGUGGGUGUUUUGAUUGAUUUUUUGGUUUUGUUACCUAUUUAAAAAUUUUUGAUUUUUGCUUUCCCAGAGUUAAAUUUUUUUUAAAUCACCCCUCCGGCAAAUUAUUUUAAAAAAUCACCCCUCCGGCACCAGAAUUAACUCCAAGAAAACCACCCCUCCAGCAAAUCUUAACACUUUAUAAAACCAAAACUUUCAGACCAACGCCCUAGACAACGUCCGGGACUUUACCCAGUUCGUCCACAACAAAAUGCGCCGCAGAUCGACCGGUCGAGUGGGCUACGUAACCGUCAGUCCAGCCGCCUACAAAGACGAAGAUGAAAUCAAAGAUGACGUGUUCGACUACGAUACAAAAUCGACCACACCACCAACCCCACCACAACGCACAACCCCCAUUCAGAAGCACCUAACGCCACAGUUUCGGAAGCGAACAAGCCUAGAGAUUUGCCAGGAAAACCCAACGGAUUUGAACAACUUGAUCAGAGUUUUGAGGACUGAGAAUGAGUAAGUGUAAUAUCUUUUCCUUUUGUGUUUUUCCGCUAAUUUUGCUUUGAGAGGAGACAGAAUUAUGUGAACAACCUAAUAAUUUAGAAAAGUUGCGGAAAAUACCAUUUUUUAUUGGACUCAUUGAUUUUUUUUACUUUCAGAAUGCUGAAAUCAGCGUACGAACGCGUGAAGCGAAACCCCACCCGCUCCAACAUUGUUACCACGCCCGUCCAACGCUUUCAUCAGCCCACCGAAGACCUAACUCAAGCCGUAGCAUGCCUUCUUAACAUGGCCAGUGAUUGA